GCAUGGGGACAGGCAUGGGGACAUUCUCCCUCUGACCCUGUGCCUCUGCCCCUGCAGAUCUCACUGCAGUACACCCGCUCCGGCUCUUGGUACCACACUUGUGGUGGGACCCUCAUUGCCCCCCAGUGGGUGCUGACAGCUGCCCACUGCAUCAGCUCUUCCCUGACCUACCGUGUGGUGCUGGGCAAGCAGGACCUGGCAGAGGAUGAUGAGCCUGGUUCCGUGGCUGUGGGUGUGGAGAAGACCAUCGUCCAUGAGAAAUGGAACUCCAUCCUUGUCCUCAAUGACAUUGCCCUGGUCAAGCUGGCAGAGGAGGUGCAGGAGAGUGACACCAUCCGUGCUGCCUGCCUGCCUGAGCCUGGCAAGAUCCUGGCCAACGACUACCCCUGCUAUGUCACCGGCUGGGGACGCAUCAGGACCAACGGGCCCCUGGCUGAUGCCCUGCAGCAGGCUCUGCUGCCUGUGGUGGACUACGAGACCUGCUCCAAGUGGGACUGGUGGGGCAGCAUGGUGCGCACCACCAUGGUGUGCGCCGGCGGCGACGGCGUCGUCUCGGGAUGCAACGGCGAUUCUGGCGGCCCCCUGAACUGCCAGUGCGAGGAUGGCGUCUGGGAGGUGGACGGCAUCGUCAGCUUCGGCUCCGGCCUGAGCUGCAACUUGGCCAAGAAACCCACAGUCUUCACCAGGGUGUCCGCCUACAUCGACUGGAUCAACGAGAAAAUCAGCGCCAACUGAGGAUGCGGCAUGUGGAGAUCCCACUCUUGAUAAAAGCCAAGAGCAAAAGUGUUGAGCUGUCUUGCUGGGUUUUUUUGGGAGGGGAGGGAAUGUGGUGGAGCUGGGGACACACAUCCAGGGCUGGGUCUUGCUUGUGUGCUGGAGAAGGUGCCCUGUUGUGCAGUGGGGCUGGGCAGGGCUCUGGGAAGGCUGUCGGGCACAUCCUGCAAGAUGCUUCCAGUCCUUGUGGCCAUGGCUGAGCCAAAGGGCUCAAGGUUUAACAAGUAGUUGGAUGGGAGAGGGGCUGGGGUCCAUACAGGUUGUUUAGGGGAGCUCCAGCUGGCCCUUGGGGACAAUCUGGAACAGUUGGUAGCUCCCAGGGUGCUUUAGGAGACCUCACUGGCACUGCCUAGAUGAGGGCUGACUUUCAAACGGGGGUCUUGAGGGAACUGGGUUGGCCUUGGGGGCCGUGAGAGAGUCUGACUGGUUUGGGAAGUGGUCAGGAUGCCUGCAGGAGCUCUCUUGGAGAUGGAGCUCUUGGGAGCUGUGCAGCACUGCCAGCUCCAUCUCCAGAACCUGUGAUGUGGCCCAGGAGCAGAGCACCUUACCAUGGAUCUCCUUCCGUGGUGGCUGGAGGAACAAAGUGGGUGUGGGCAGCUGACAGAACCCCCAGCUGUGGGGUUCCCAGGAGGAGCCAGGGCUGCCCUGGAGGAGAGAGGGGAAUUUUCCAGGAAAAAGGCAGCGUGUUGGUGGGAGCAGGUGUGAAGGGGCUGUCCAGGAAAUGGGGGUGGGUGCUGCACUGUGAGCUCCUGGGCAGAGCCAUCCAUCACACAUCAUCCCAUCCUGGCUGCUGGAGCCCGGGUGUGAUCCCCACGGGGUGAGGAGGUGGAGAGCGAGCAGGGAUGGAUGGCAGCACCUCAAGCUCGGCAGAGGACAAUGGACAAUGCCUGGUUUAGAAGCCAUGGUGCUACUGGACCAUUGAGCAGCGCUGUCACCAGCCCAGAGAGCAACACUGGCACCUGCACCAGGGCCCAAGAGCACUGGCACGAGCCCUGGCACUUGUGAGCCCUGGCACCCUGGGACUCUCCAGGGACCCCCUGGCACCUGGCAGCCUGACCAAAGUUUUAGCAGGUGAAGAGGGAUGCAGGCUGGGAAAUGUUUUGGAUGGACAGGAAAUGUGCUGUGGCAAAGGAUCUGUAGGGAUCACCCCAAAGGCAGUUAAAGGCCUGCCAGUCAGAUGAUGUGUGGAGGUGGCCACUCUGCGCAGCAGGAUGGGGCCAGGUGCUUGGGACACAGGCAUGGGAUUGGCAGCAGGAUCUGCUGCCUGGGAUGGAGAGCUGCAGGCUGUCCAUGGGAAGCUGGGCAAUGUGGGGUGCCCCUGUCUCCUCUGCACGUACCCACAUGUGCCAUGGGGACGGCUGUUGGGGCUGGGGGUGCAGGACCCUGGUGUCACAGCCUGUUGUGUGCGUUCCUGUGAGUUGUGUCCCAUUCUCAGAGGGGGUUUGGUGGAUGAAGGAGCCCCAGACCAAGCCCCACAGUGCCAGAAGCCUCUGUGCUGGGGCAUCCCUGCCCCACCCAGCCAGGCAUGGGCACCCCCCGCAGUGCAUGUCACCCCAAUAACCAGUGUCCCCCUGCCCAGGAGGUGGUGCAGAGCUGUGAUCCCUCUGGGUGAAGAAC